AUGUUUUCAGGAGUCACAAGUCUUGUAAACAGGGGUAGUAAGAUAAAGGGGACAAUGGUGUUGAUGCGGAAGAAUGUGUUGGAUAUAAAUAGCCUCACUAGUGUUGGAGGGAUCAUCGGAACUGGCCUCAACUUCGCUGGCUCUUUAGUCGAUGGCCUUACUGCUUUCUUGGGCCACAACAUCUCCUUUCAGUUGAUCAGUGCCACCAAGCCUGAUGGAACGGGGAAAGGUAAAGUUGGAAAGGCUACAUAUCCGGAAGGUAUUAUUACUUCAUUACCGACCUUGGGAGCUGGUGAAUCUGCAUUCAAUCUUCAUUUUGAAUGGGACGAUGACAUGGGAAUUCCUGGUGCAUUUUACAUAAAGAACUAUAUGCAAGUUGAGUUCUACCUUAAGAGUCUCACUCUUGAAGACAUUCCAAACCAGGGAACCAUCCACUUUGUAUGCAACUCCUGGGUUUACAAUUCAAAAUGUUACAAGCAUGAUCGUAUUUUCUUUGCCAACAAGACAUAUCUUCCAAGUGACACACCAGCACCACUUGUCAAGUACAGAGAAGAAGAAUUGGAGUAUUUAAGAGGAGAUGGAACUGGAGAGCGCACAGAAUAUGAUAGGAUCUAUGAUUAUGAUGUCUACAAUGAUCUUGGCAAUCCAGAUAGUGGAGAAAAGUACGCUCGCCCUGUUCUUGGAGGUUCUACCUUACCAUACCCUCGCAGAGGAAGAACCGGAAGAAGUGCAACUAAGAAAGAUCCUCAGAGUGAGAAACCGGGCGAUUUUGUUUACAUUCCAAGAGAUGAAGCAUUUGGUCACUUGAAGUCAUCAGACUUUCUCAUGUAUGGACUAAAAUCUGUAUCCCAAGAUGUCUUACCUGUGUUGACAGAUGCAUUCGAUGGAAAUGUCUUGACUCUGGAGUUUGAUAACUUUGCUGAAGUGAGUAAACUUUAUGAAGGAGGAAUUACGCUACCUACAAACUUUCUUAGCAGGAUUUCCCCUUUACCAGUGCUCAAGGAAAUUCUAAGAACUGAUGGGGAACAGUUCCUCAAGUAUCCACCACCAAAAGUGAUUCAAGUGGAUAAGUCUGCAUGGAUGACUGAUGAAGAAUUUGCAAGAGAAACGCUUGCUGGUGUAAAUCCUAACAUCAUUAAGAUUCUUGAGGAGUUCCCACCACGUAGCAAGCUAAACAGCCAAGCCUAUGGUGAUCAUACCUGUAUAAUAACAAAAGAAUACUUAGAGCCCAACUUAGGUGGGGUCACAGUUGAACAGGCUAUCCAGAACAAGAAAUUGUUCAUAUUGGAUCACCAUGACUAUCUCAUUCCAUAUUUGAGGAGAAUAAAUGCAACUACCACAAAGGCUUAUGCUACAAGAACCAUUUUUUUCUUGAAUGAUGAUGGAACAUUGAAGCCAUUGGCCAUUGAGUUAAGUAAGCCACAUCCUCAAGGAGAAGAACAUGGUCCUGUUAGUAAUGUUUAUGUGCCUGCCUACGAAGGAGUUGAAGCUUAUAUAUGGUUACUGGCAAAGGCUUAUGUUGUUGUAAAUGACUCCUGCUAUCAUCAACUUAUUAGCCAUUGGUUAAACACUCAUGCAGUUGUUGUGCCCUUCAUCAUAGCAACAAAUAGGCAUCUGAGUGUGGUUCACCCUGUUUAUAAACUUUUGUUCCCUCACUAUCGUGACACCAUGAAUAUAAAUUCACUUGCAAGAAAAGCCCUGGUCAAUGCAGAUGGUAUUAUAGAGAAAACAUUCUUGUGGGGUAGGUAUUCUUUGGAAAUGUCCGCAGUGAUUUAUAAGGACUGGGUUUUUCCAGAUCAGGCACUACCUGCUGAUCUUGUCAAGAGAGGAGUGGCUGUUAAGGAUCCAUCUUCUCCACAUGGGGUUCGCCUUUUGAUUGAGGAUUACCCUUAUGCUUCUGAUGGACUGGAGAUAUGGGCUGCUAUUAAGUCAUGGGUUCAAGAAUAUGUCUUGUACUACUACAAGUCCGAUGAUGCUCUUAAAAAAGAUUCUGAACUCCAAGCUUGGUGGAAAGAACUUGUAGAAGUGGGUCAUGGUGACAAGAAAAAUGAGACAUGGUGGCCAAAGAUGCAAACUCGUGAAGAGUUGAUUGAAGCUUCCACCACCCUCAUAUGGACUGCUUCAGCCCUUCAUGCAGCUGUUAAUUUUGGACAGUAUCCAUAUGGAGGUUACAUCCUUAACCGGCCAACUCUUAGCAGGAGGUUCAUGCCUGAGAAAGGGUCCACUGAGUAUAAGGAGUUGGCUAAGAACCCUGAGAAGGAGUUUUUGAUGACAAUUACUGGGAAGAAAGAGACACUUAUUGACCUUACGGUUAUUGAAAUCUUGUCAAGGCAUGCUUCUGAUGAGUUCUACCUUGGGGAGAGAGAUGGUGGUGACUACUGGACUUCUGAUACUGAGCCAUUAGAGGCCUUUAAGAGGUUCGGAAAGAAGCUUGCUGAUAUUGAACAAAAACUCACACAGAAGAACAAUGAUGAGACACUGAGAAACCGCUAUGGGCCUGCUAAAAUGCCUUACACUUUGCUUUAUCCAUCUAGUGAGGAAGGAUUGACUUUCAGAGGAAUUCCCAACAGUAUCUCUAUCUAAAGG